AGUAUCCCUUACCAUGCCCCAUUGCACUCUACCAUCGCGAAAAUCAAAAUUGGUUUGGCGGUGUCAAAGAAGCAAAGCUGAGUGUGUCGGCGUAGACAUAUGGCGGCUUUGGGAGCACUGUGGAGCACCAGCACAAGCCCCCCAGCUCCACAAGAAGGACAUCCAAUUCAGCCAGUUCCCUAUCGUUUGUGCCUCGGAUUACAUGACGUUUUCAUCGCUUUAUUUUUAGUGAUGAUGAUAUUGCUGACGGUUUUCGGUAACAUUUUGGUGGUCCUUUCCGUCGUCGUCUACAAGCGGAUGCGAACAUUUACAAAUAUACUGUUGACCUCUCUAGCCACCGCAGAUCUUCUGGUGGGACUGUUGGUUAUGCCGAUGUCACUUCUAGAUUUGCUCCAUAAUCAUCGAUGGCCUUUAGGAAAAUUUUUAUGCGGAUUAUGGGCGACAUCAGAUGUUCUUCUCUGUACUGCUAGUAUAUUAAAUCUAUGCGUGAUCAGUUUGGAUCGGUAUAUGGCCAUUACCUCACCGCUUAAAUAUCCUCGCACAAGGUCACGGAAAAUGGCUGCAUGCCUUUUAUCAUCAGUGUGGAUUCUUUCAUUGAUAGUAUGCAGUCCUCCUUGGUUUGUGCCAGGAUGGGGAUUAUUUGUCGAUCACCAACAGCCACAGGUUGUGACUAAUAACAAAACCACUUUAAUCCUUCACGACGACAGUUUUAUGUGCGGUUAUUCUCCCUCAGUGCCGUAUAGAAUAUAUAGCGCUCUUGGAAGUUUUUACAUUCCGUUACUGGUAAUGCUAUCCGUUUACUUCAAAAUCUUUCGGGUUGCGUCAGAGAGGGAGGCGUUGAUGCAACAGUCCGUUGGAACAUGUAGGCUUAGCAAUCGUAUCAUGAAAAAUCAACAUAACCGGAACAAUCUCAGGACAUCUAGCGCUCCAAACCCUCGUUCAAAAGUACAAGUAAACAAUUCUGGCAGGAUAAACUACUCCGUGCGACCUAUGGAAUACGCGAGGCGGCACGAGCCAGCAAAUAGGCAAGAGUCGCGAUCGACAGAGUGUGAUGAAUCUCCCCAGAACAGCAUUGAGAUGUCCACGGCUUUGUUGACAUUGACAACACCGAACGGUUCGGAAAAGGAGAAAAAAGAUCAUCGCAAUUCUAUGGAAAGAGAGUGUUUUUCAAUGGCUGAUCUUGCUAACGGCGAUCAACAUGCACCGAAACGGAAAAGCACCGAGGUGAACUCGGAAGUUCCGGCGAUGACUCGCCGAGCUCAGGCUGUGCACGCUCGCCUACAGCCGAAUAAUUUACUUGCAAAGGCUUACGAACAUUACCAAAUCAAUGGACCUGGAAAAGCUGUUCGAGGCUCAAAAGAAAAAAUGGUGUACUUGAGAGAACGAAAAGCCCUGAAGACUAUUGGCAUCGUUGUUUUGGGUUUUAUUAUUUGUUGGAUGCCAUUCUUCGUUAUGUAUCUCAUAGAAGUUUUCGCUACGUCGCUGAGUACCUCACGAGCUUUCAAGCUAAUCAACGAAUUCUUCUUGUGGUUAGGGUAUUCAAAUUCGGUGCUAAAUCCUAUUAUCUACACAAUGUACAAUGGCGACUUUCGACGAUGUUUUCGUGAUCUGCUAUCAUUCGGGUGUGUACAACAUCACAGGAGAACAAUGAGCGUUAAGAAACUACAUCAACAAAGCACAAUAUUCUAAUGUUUGGUAAUGAAAGAAGUUCUUUACAUAUACUUUUAUUAGAAGAACCAUUCCAGUUUAUACACAUCAUGAUUCUGGGCUUUGUAAGAUCUCCUGCCUUUGUUCAGUAUUACAAUUAUCGAAUUUUGGUAAAAAGUGUCAUUCUAGUUAAUGAUUGUACAUAAGAGAUGUAAAUAAAGUCGAUU